UCUACGAACCCCUAUUCAGUCACAGCACAGAAAUCAUUUCAUCGAAGCGGGACAUUUUCAAUUGCUGUUGAAGAAGAAAUUGAUUGGCGCAAAUACACAAAAUGGCGAACUACAAGACCGAUUUUCAAAUAAAUAAUGAAAACCAAAAUACUUUCCAUGCCUCCAAAAAUAUUAUGGACAAUGCUCGCAAGCAUACUAUUAAGAAGCAAGCAUUUGGUGAGCUAAAAAAUGUCAUACACAAUCAAUUGCAACCCAAGUCUUUGAAAUUUGACGAAGUGCGUAUUAACAAGCCCCAGAAAUGUACCGAGCUUCGUCCAACAAUUCAAAAGCAACCAAUCAAGUCUCUAAAGCAAACUCCCAAAGUAAAAUCCAAACAAUGUGAUGAAGCUGAGAUAGAAUUGUUGGACUAUUUUGAUUUUGCUCCCAGCUGUUGUGCUAAGCCCCACAAAGGUGAUCGUCAAAUAUGGUACGAAAAUAUUUUUGAUGAUUCCAUGAUUGACAAUCUUAUACAAAGUGCAUAUGGCGAUACCGAAGAGGAGGAAGUAUGUGACAAAAAUGAGAACUUAAAAUAUUGUGAUUCAGAUGAUUCUGGUUGUGAGGAUCUUCUUGAUUUCGGCUGGUCCAAAUGGGAGUGUGGUCUAGAAAAAGAUAUGAAGCCUGAACACCAGAUGCCUCCGCCCUCAUUAAUGGACUUGCCACCCUCAAUGAUGGAUGAUUUACCCGACUUUGGUGAAUUCUAAAAGCGUGGAGAUACAUUUUUAUUAUUUAUUUAUCUAUCUAUUGUAUACCUAUGUGUAGUUCAUAUCCAUUUGUCUGACAAAUUUGUUGGAUUUUUCAUUUUUAUUGUAUUUCAUUUUUUAUCCAAUUUAAAUUUGCUAAAAUACAUUUAAUUUUAUUAAUAUUAGCAUA